AUGAAAAUAGAUCAAAAAGAUUUUAUUUAAUUAGAGUAAGAAGACGAUAAAAAAGACUUCUAUAGAAGAUUAGGUAGAUUUAUAACCUUUGGAAGAUGGAGAGGCAAGCCUCUUUUUUAUUUAGGACCUGAUUACAGAUUUUUUAUGCCGAUGUAUUUUGCUUUGAUAGUUGCUUCAGUAGUUUGUUGCUAUUUCUGUAAUUAACUUUAAGAAUCUCAAUGGUCUUUUGUUGGAGCUGUUUCUAUUAGUAUUCUUGAGUUGUUCAUAUACGCAAUCACAGCAUUCAAAGACCCAGGCAUUGUAUAAGACCCUGAAUUAGAUAUUGAAGAACUGUAGCAUAAUUCAUAAAGUAUUUGUUAUUAAUGCAAAGUGCACAAGAAAAAGGGUAGAUAUCAUUGCGAAUUUUGCGAUGUUUGUAUUGAUGGACACGACCAUCACUGUCCUUGGACAAGUAAAUGUAUUGAGAUAAAUGAAUUGAAUUGUAUAAUAAGAAGAUAUUGCUUUAAUAAUAUUUUUUUUGAAGAAACUUGAUUAAAAUACUUCACCAUUUUACAUUAAAAAAGAAAUCAAAAUCAAUACUAAAUGAGUAUGAUUCAAGUAAGAUGAAAGUUAUUCUUUAAAUGCAUGCUUUUUAAAUAAUGGAUAAAAAAUUAUUUAUUAUGAUAAUACAUUUUUUGAAAAUUAUUUACGUUUUGAUGGCUUUUAAACUUUAAAUCAGUUUUUAAUAAUAAUUAUAUGAUUUAAUGAUCAAAUGUUUAAAA